GGAGGAGGGAGAGAAGAUAGGGAGGAAGAGGUAGGCGGAGAGAGAGGGAGGAAAGAAGAGGAAGAUUUAGAGGGCGUAGGAGAAGAAGAGAGAAGAUACUGAGGUGGGAAAAGGAGUGACGAACGGCAGAGAGAAGAACGGAAAGGGAGAUAGAAAUUGACAGAAAGAGAAGAGAGUGAGAAGAGAAGGAAAGGAGAAGGCAGGUUGAAGAGACGGAGAAGAUAUGUAGCAGUUCACAUUAUAUUUAAGAGUGAUAUUAUUACGCUUAAUAAAGAGUGAAUUUUGUAAUAUUUGCAAAAGACCAGGUGAAAAAAAAGAGUGGAGAAGUGCACAAAUAAAGAAAAAUAAUGGAAAUAAACUAAAAAAAACACCAGAAAAAGAGAAAAGAAGGACAAAACGAUAAGGAAACACACACACCAAACACGCAGAUUGCAACAAAGAAUAAAAAAAAAACGAUUAGGAAACACAAACACUAAACACACGAUAGUGUUUAUAUCAUCAUUAACUAUCGCGUUUCAAACCUGUGACUUCAGUAAGAGGAGGAUUAUAAAUACAUUACGUAACACUGUCCCGGUUCCCUCUUUGAAGUUGGAGGACGAUUGUGAAUAAGAAAAUAAUUAUUUACGCCGCAGUGACGUCAGACGCGUUUUAAAACAAUUUUCUAAAUACACGCUCCACUCGUAGUGUUCGAAUCGAUCAUCGAAAUUACCUACGGCUACUUUUUAGACUUAUAUCAUAUUCUAAGACGGAAAUGAUAUUAGUGUUGUUAAGACGGUAGCAAGGAGUUCAGAAAUUCAUAUCAACGCCAUGUCUUCACCAAAGUCUCCGAAGUCAGCGCUCAGCAAAAUCGGAUUAGGACGCCCAAGACCACUUCGCGUGCUCGUGUUGGGACAAGCGGGUGUCGGAAAGUCUGCCCUGGUCGUCCGAUACAUCACCCGGAGAUACAUCGGCGAGUAUGACCCAUCGCUGGAGCGUGUUUACCCUCACACCGCGGUCGUGGAUUCGGAGACGUUGGCGUUCGAAAUCCUCGACUCGGCCGGGCAUUCGCAUGAGACCGACAGCGUGCGUCUGGAAGCCAACAUCCGGUGGGCUGACGUCUUCAUCCUGAUGUACUCCGUGACAGACAAGUGCAGCUUCGACGACUGCAACAGACUCAAGUUCCUCAUCAAUUAUAACAAGAGGAAGCGAAGGAUUGCAAGCCCGACUUCGAAGGAGAGCGCGUGGGAGGUGCCGGUGGUGCUCGUCGGGAACAAGAAGGACCAGGGAGGCGACCGCAUGGUGAGCAGCGAGGACGGCCUCAAGAGGAGCAGGGACAUCGGCUGCCACGCCUUCCACGAGAUCUCCGUCAGGGAGAGCAUCGAGGAGGUAUCCCGUGUCUUCAGCGACGCCGUCAGGUACUGGCGAGAGGUCAUGCGGACGCCCAAGCUGCGGCGUGCGUCGUCCGACCUCCACGACCUCCCGCACGAGUCGUCGAAGGCCCUGCAGCCCCCCGUCAGCGUACCCGGUGAGUCGGUGGGUUGGUGA